AUGGUUAUUAACAGGUUAUCUUGUGCCAUACCGCUGUUUUUUCUCUUUAAUUUUGUUACAUUAUUCGACGACGGUGUAAGUGCGUUGAAUGUGACUGUUGUGGUUUAUGGAAUGUGGAUGCCGCCGCUGCUACAGUCUCUCAUCUAUACAGCUGCCGGCUUUGACCUGGGCUGGCGCGAUACGGUGAAAAUGUUGGGAGAAAGUAAUGUGUCCCUUACAAUUGAUUACACCGCAUCAAAGGACAUUAUGCAGUGUCCCGAUAUCUCCGCUAAUUACUAUCGUGUCGCGGAGCAGUAUUAUCAUGCGCAGGAGGAUCCUAGUCGUGCGCUCGGAAUAUUUUAUCCAGGAUGCGAUGCAGAUACGACGCUGGCUGAUUUUGGGAGAGAAUGGAACGUUUUCACGCUUUCCAGUGGAACCACGUUUUCCAAUUUACGAAACCGCUCCAUUUAUCCUACAACAAUCGCCAUGGGGCCGAUGCAAUAUGAGCUGUAUGGCCUGGUCGCUGGCCGUUUCCUGCAGGCUCACAACUGGACGAGCGCGGCGCUGAUUUUCGAUAUUUCCGGCUUGACGGUGUAUAAUCUCCGUGUAGCAGAGGCGAUCAUUCAAUACUUCCGCCGGUAUUACGAAUACAUGGAGAUGCACGCAUUCCCAGUUAAUAUUAGCGCUGUGACGGAUUUUCCCAGGAUUAUCAGAGAGCUAUCUACGUUCACGAGAGUUAUAUUCCUAUCGAUGCCGCCGGAAUCAGCGUCAUUAUUUUUGGUGCGGGUGUACAUUGAUAUACCAGGAAGUUCGACCAGUCCAUUGGGAAGAUCGUAUAUAAACGAUACGAAAUCAGUCUUCUUGCAACCUCCCGUCUUGUUCUUGACCAUAUGCUACGAUCACGAAGAGCGUGAUGUCGCCGAACUGAAAAAAGAAAUGCAAGAUUUGGCAAGGCGAAAGUAUAAUGCAACCUUUCGUCCUGGAACCGGGCCAAGUGAAUUAGUUAUGACCGCCUAUACGUCAAUCCUUCUGUACGGCAAAGCAAUUCAGGAAACUCUGUUAGGUGGACAAGAUCCGCGAAACGGGACAGCAGUUGCUCAAGUAAUGCAGAACCGCACUUUUGCGUUUCCAUCGGUUGGCAGGGUCUACAUUGACGAGCAAGGAGAACGGCAGAAUAUCCUGUGCUUCUUCUCGUUCCAAAACGAUUCCCGCACAUUUGAGAAAGUGUGGUACUUUGACGGUGCAAGAAAGAAACUGCGGAAAACAAAUUUUUCCAUUAACUGGGGCACACCCACAAAUGCCGCGCCACCGAAUAAGCCGGUUUGUGGAUACCAUAAAGAACUGCCGCCAUGUCGCAGAGGGUGGUCAACAGCAGCAGCGGUCGGACUUGCUAUCGGGAUCAUCAUAGCCGUACUGGGAAUUUCGGUCUGCGUAUUUCGGCACGUGCAAAAGACACCUACCGAUGACGAAUGGUGGAUACUGAAAACGGACUGCAUUAACAAUGCAAAAAUUGCAGCAAGUACGAAGUGUCCGGUGUCCGAGACUGGAAACUUAUUAUUGUAUAAAGGAGCACCGGUAUGGAGUCGAACCGUAUUGGUUUUAUCGAAGGCGAAAUUGCCACAUGUUUCUACUGGUGAUAUCCACAUAACAACUGCGUUCAGAAAAACCAUGGCUGAGGUUCGGCUUUUAAUGGAACGCUGCCGAAAUAUUAACCCUCUUAUCGGUUUGGAUUUGGACAUGUACCGCAUAACGUACAUGUACGCUUUCUGUCCGCGUGGAAGUCUGAUUGACGUCGCUCAGGAAAUGCACCUAGAGUGGGCCUUGAAAAGUUCCCUCAUCUCGGAUCUUGUCGAGGCUGUUACAGCCAUCCAUCGAUCACCGCUUCGUAGUCACGGUUAUUUGCGACCUUCGAAAUGUCUCAUCGAUCGAUACUUUGUACUAAAGAUCGGAGAUACCGGAUUGUACAGAAGCUUAGUGGAUUUGAAACUGGAUACACUUGACGAUGAUAAAAAAGAUAUCGUGACCUUUGUUGCACCGGAACUGCGAGGCAAAAACCACGAAACCCUUACGCAACGCCACCCAUCGGUUGAUGUGUUUAGCGUAGGGGAGUUAAUCAGCUACAUUCUCCAUGACCACGACAAAGAAGAACUGUCCACGUUUGCCGAUGAUGACCAUGACUAUUUGGAUACUUCAAUUAAAACACGGAUAGUGUUGGAUAAUAUCGUCCAGCAGUGUCAGAGUGACAAUUCUUCACUUCGACCGUCAAUUUACGAAAUUAGGAAAGAGUUGUCUAAAGUUAUAAGCCAAUCGGGACGUCUCGUUGAUCAAAUGGUGGCGCGGCUCGAAGACUACGCGACUCAUUUGGAGAAUGCCGUUACACUGCGCACGCAAACUCUAAAAAUGGAAAUCGAUCGAUGCGAUGCACUCUUAGGCGAAAUGCUACCACGGUAUAUCAUUGUACAGUUGCGGAUCGGGCACACCGUGCACGCCCAAGAAUUUCCCUCUGUGACACUGUUGUUUGCCAGUGUGUCAGGAUUUGACGAUUUCGUUAUUCAUUGCCAAGAUAAGCCCCUUGAGAUUGUUGACCUUUUAGGGUUUACUUUUUCCACUUUCGAUCGCAUUAUGGCUAAAUACGAUUGUUAUAAAGUGGAAACGAUCACAGACAACUGUUUGGUUGUCAGCGGCCUGCCCAUGCCAAACGGCGACGAACAUGUGCACAUUAUUGGAAAGCUGGCUCUUGGAUCCUGCGCUGCCGGCAUUGUUGGAACAGCGCGACCUCGAUACUGCGUGUAA